CCUUUAGCUUUUUGUGCUAUGCUGUGUUAGGUCAGUGGCGGAGCAGGGCCGGUUGCACUGGCUCGCCCGCGAGGAGCGAGGAGACCUCUGCCGCAGCUUCCGAUGGAGGUGUGGGAGAACGUGAUUGACCAUCUGUGGGAUACCCAGGAUGCUUUGAGGCAGUGCAUCUUUGUCUGCCGAGCGUGGCACCCUCGCAGUUGUUUCCACUUGCGCAUGCAGAUCAAGAUCAAAAGUGUCGAGGAUGUGAAGGCGUAUGCAAAGAUGCUGAAGCAGACGCCGAAGUGGUCGGGGCGGGCGCACGAUAUGACUAUGAUCAUUACCAAAAAUUGACAGAUCUGUCGACGUCAGCACUGUGGAUGGCGGCAAUCAUGCUCGCUCCCAUGCUGCCCCGGCUCGAGCGGCUCACAAUUUAUGCUUCAGCGUGGGGGCCGUCGACGAUGCAUAGCGACAUCUUCCUGCCUCUAUCUCAAACAUGUCACAUUCCCGUCGAUCACCGUUUUUGGGCGCCUCGUCUCCGCCCUGCCAGCCCUGGUUGAGCUCAAAUGCAACUACGUGGACUUCACACACGACCACUUUCACCACGAUGCAUUUGGUUUGAAUGACAAUCGCGUCAAGAUCAGGUUCAUGUGGCUCGAGCCAAUCGAAUGCACAUCAGAGACACUCAUCGACUUCCUUGCUCAUCCUUCCAUCUCGGGUCACUUGCGAAAACUCAUCUUCAUAGGUGCAAGCCAAAGGUGCUUGCUGCAGGUUUAGCUCGGACAUCUUUCAGUGGCCACACCUCACUGCAGAGACUAUGGCUACAAUUUACUUGUAUCCAGCAAUAUUUCGACCUGGAUACAUUGUAUCAAGUCUUGUGUUCAAUCCACUCAGACCAACUUCGAGAAAUCGUGAUAGUUUUCAAUUGGUUUGCGCAAUACGACCCUUCAGGCAAUGGAACGAAGAGAGAACUGGAGCACGUGUUUCAAACUUACGAGCCCGCCCAUCACGAAGAGAUGGACGGCCAUUUUUCAUCUGAUUCAUUCAGGAUGC